CACUCAUUUCACUCACUGUUAUAUCAUAUUAUUAGUACUGUAUAUACAGUGUAUAUACUGUAAGUGUUGUUAAGCAUUAAUACGUGUGAAUAUGCUUACGAUGACUGCCACUAAAAUAGUGGUCCAUUUACUUACUAUUAAUUGCAAUCAUGUAUUUUGACAGCACUGUUAUGAUCCAUACCAUCACUGGUAUAGUCAUCAGUGACCACUGACACCAACACAAAAGUAGCGCUCAAUAAAUCUGUGGUAAAGUAUGCAGAGUUCGGGCCAUUCGUAUGAUGGACCAUCAGUGGUAAGCACUGAUAUCUACGAGCCAUCAACUUAUCAAAACCACGACCUCACAUCUCAUGGAGUGUCCAACAAUUACUUGACAUAUCAUUCGCAAGUAUCUCAAGAUUCGGGAUAUUGUGGAUCAAAUCACUAUACAAGUAGUUCAGCAACACAUCCGACACAUACACACAUUACAUCUUCAGCUCAUAUCUCACAAUAUAAUUCAUCCAAUUUAAGCCAUAAUUAUGGCCAAUCCAUGAGUCAUCUCAAUGAUAUGUACAGUAGAUGCGGUUCAUAUGCAGCUUUACCUCCAGAUAUAAGACAACCAAUUGGUUCUUCAAAUAUAAAAUAUUGGAAUUCAGAUCAAUUAUCGCACAAUAAUUUACAUAACAAUUAUCAGGGAAUACCUCCGCCACCGCUCACAUCACGACCACAUCCAUUACGGUCACCAACUGAUCGCUCACAUAACCUCAACAACAACUAUAACAGAACUUCCGGUCAGCACAGGUCUGCUUCACAGUCACCUCAAGAUUGGUGUCGUUCAUCAAAUGUGAUGCCAUCUCCAAGCGCCACACCAUCACCUCUUCCCUCACAUGUCAACAAUAGCCGAUCUCCAAGUCAUGUGUCGCCACAAUUUUCGCCUUCACAUACGUCACCAUCACUUGGAAACGAAUCGUCUCAACAUUCGGUACAAAAGAUAGAUAAUAUCUCUUAUACUAAUCAAAACCAUAGAUCUAGUCAUUUGAAUACAUCAAAUCCAUUACAAUCAUUACAGAAAAUGGUUUUGAUUGAAUCGGAUGGACAGGAUGUUCGCAAUAAUAAUGAUAAUAUAGAUGACACCGGUUUGCAGACCAAUGGAACCGUUUCGUAUACACCAAACAGCAUAAACAAGAAUUAUUCAAACGACCAAAACACUGAUCCUGACAGUCCAUAUCCUACUUAUUAUAAUAUGGAUCAAAACCGGAUGUGUACUCCACCUCAAGUGAGUCCUCAAACCAAUCCUAAAGUUUAUGCUAACAUUCCCGACGCUUCACGUGAUGGACAGCAAAGUGAAAGUGAUAAAGAGCUUAAUAAAUGUGACAAUAGUGUGGAUAAGUGUAAUAAUCAUAAUAUGAAUAAUGAUCUCAAUUAUUCAGUUAAAGACGAUUCCAAUUCAGAAACUACUAUCCAACCAAUUGUCAAAUUAGAGGAACCGCUUACCGGUAAAAGUGCUAAUUUGAUAAAUGGAGAAAACGGAAAACAUAGUUUAGAUAAUGAUAGAAAUGGAGAACAAACUGUAGGACCUCAUUGUAAAAGAUCAUCUCAGGAAUCAUUGCCAACCUCUGACUCGGAGAAGACUCGUUCGACAUAUAAUGAGAAUCGAGGACAUCAUAACUGGCCGAUGGAAAACAAUUAUUAUGAUAAUAGAAAUACAAACAAAAAUUCAUGGCCUCAUUGGCAGCAAACCUCACAAAUGCCGCCAAUGCUAUACAACUCAAACCCCGUCCCAUCUUCGAUGACUUAUAACUCAGCAUUUAAUGUCACUCAAUGUGGUUCAGGUAUGUGGAGUGCAUCUGGUUCUUCGUCUCAAAGUUCGGGCUCAAAGCAAAACUUUGCGCCACCAAAUAAUAUGAGACAACAGGGAUCUGCUGGAAGAAAGCGCGGCCGACCAUUCGGUAGUAAAAAUCGCAGAAAUAGUGACGACACUAAUAGUGAGACAAAUACUUCCGACGCAUCUAAUUCUGUUAAGAAGAAAAAGAAAUGUGUGUCAACUGAAGAUAUGUGUGUCAAUACAGAAGUGACACUCGAUGCUCACGGAUUUGAUGAAUUGUCUGUUGUUAACCCUCUUAAGGUGUCCUCUAAACGUAAGAAAUUUAUUGGACCAUUCAUUCGAGUGGAAAAAGGAAAAGGAAGAAAAGCAACUGUUUAUUCCAUUGUUAAUACAUCGACCAAACCUGAAGAUGAAAAAGAUGGUAAAACUAAAUCACAAACUAUUAAAUCGGAACCAAUUAAGCAACCUAUUAGAAGACCGUCACUUUUAGUUAGUUCCAAGAAAGUUAUGUCGACUUUUUCACCUGAAUAUGACUAUAACACCAGAGAUAAGACAUGGGUCUGUGCUCUCUGUCAUAUGGGACCCCAUUAUAAGGGUUUGGGUGAUCUCUUUGGUCCGUAUUAUAUUUCUGAAGAUAAAACUAAGAUUACAUCAUCACCACAUUCUAGUAAUUCGCGUUCAGAUACUGUAAAUCAAACAAACAAAGAACAGAUAGUGAAUAAAGAACAUUCAGGAAGUGAUAAACCAAGAAGAGGUCGUCCAAAGAAAAAAUCUGAAACAAAUGAGAUAAUUGAGUCACCAAAGAGUAGACCAAAAGUUGUAACCAAAUCAAUAAAUUUGUCACAAAAUAAUGAAAUUAAUGAAUCAACUGAAGUGUGGGUUCACGAGAAUUGUAUAGUUUGGUCGAGUGGUGUCUAUUUAAUUGGACACAGAGUUAGACAUCUCGAAGAAAUCAUCUGUGAAUCGAUGGAAAGUUUUUGUACAAAAUGCAAGCUUUCGGGCGCAACAUUGGGUUGUCUUCAGAAAAGCUGCAAUACUUCACAAUAUCAUUAUUUGUGUGCUAAAGAAAUUGACUGUGAAUUAGACGACGAAAACUUUUCACUAUUGUGUCCCAAACAUAAAAAAAAGAAGAAAAAUACUUCAAAUGAGCCAUCCGUUGCUUAGAUUUAGAAAACCAUUGAUUGAUUGAAUUUUUUCA